AGUGUGAGUGAGAGUGAGAGUGAGAGUGAGAGUGAGUUGACAGAUUUUUGCUGUCCUGUGUAAAUAUCGGAGCUGUUUUCCAGCGGUGGAGAGAAACUCAAGGAGGACAAGAGCUCGAAUCAGGCACCGAGGUUGCGUUAUUUCUUUUUGAUUGAAAUUAAUAUUCAGUGAAGCUCCUCCCACAACAAUCACACAUUCAGCAAUAAAUGCUGGAAUAUUCCCAUCAGAUCAUCAGGAAGAGCUGAAAUCUUUAUUAAAGAGGACAGAGAGAAGAUGCGAGAUCCAGAACCCUGCAGAAUCAAACACACUGAAGAUACUGAACAACAAACAGAGUUGAUUGAAGACAAUGAGGAGAAAGAAGAAUUGAGUGAAUUUGAGGAGAAAAAUCAUGUCAGAAGUGGAGAAAAACCCAAACAGAAAGAUUUAAAGAAAAGAAGAGCCAAGAAAUCCUUAACCUGCACUCAGUGUGGAAAGAGUUUCACAUACAAAUCUCUUCUUGAGGUUCACAUGAGAAUUCACACUGGAGAGAAACCGUUCACUUGUGAUCAGUGCGGGAAGAGUUUCACACAAUCAGCAAAACUUAAGCAACACAUGAUCAUCCACACUGGAGAGAAACUGUACGCAUGUGAUCAGUGUGGGAAAACAUUUUUGUGGGCUUCAAACCUCAGGACACACCUGAAAGUUCAUACAAAGGAGAAGCCACAUUCAUGUCAUUUGUGUGGAAAAGACUUUUUCAUUACUACACAAUUUGAAAGUACAUCAGAAAAUACAUAAUGCUGUGAGAGACUACAUGUGCUUUGAGUGUGAAAAGACUUUUAUUACAGAUGCACAUUUGAAACGGCACCAGAUGAUUCACACUGGAGAAAAACC